UCUAGCCUGUCAACCGAACCCAAAGAGGUCCAUCAUAGCCCUGCACCAUCUAACCCUUGAACACCACAGAGCUCCAUCAUAGCCCUGCACCAUCGAACCCUGAAUCCACAGAGCUCCAUCAUAGCCCCGCUCAACCUGAACCCACAGAGCUCCACUAUAGUCCUGCACCAUCUAACCCUGAACCCAUGGAGCUCCAUCAUAGUCCUGCACCAUCUAACCCUGAACCUACGGAGCUCCACCAUAGUCCUGCACCAUCGAACCCUGAAUCCACAGAGCUCCAUCAUAGCCCCGCUCAACCUGAACCCACAGAGCUCCACUAUAGUCCUGCACCAUCUAACCCUGAACCCAUGGAGCUCCAUCAUAGUCCUGCACCAUCAAACCCUGAACCCACGGAGCUCCACCAUAGUCCUGCACCAUCUAACCCAGAACCCAGGGAGCUCCACCAUAGUCCUGCACUGUCACAACCUGAAUCCACAGAGCUCCAUCAUAGUUCUGCUCAACCUGAACUUACAGAACUCCAUCAUAGUCCAGUACCACCUCACCCUGGUCCAACCAAGCUCCAAGAAGGCCUUGAAUCACUUAACCCUGAACCCACAGAGCUCCACCAUAGUCCUGCUCCAUCAAACUCUGGUCCAACGGAGCUCCAAGAAGGCCUUGAAUCACUUAACCCUGGUCCAACAGAACACCAGGAAAGCCUCCGCCUUAGUCCAGCAGAGCUUCCACAGAGUCCUACACAUUUUCACUCUGGCCCAGCAGAACUUCAUAAAAGUCCUACGCUGAGCGCAGCAGGGUCUCCCGAGCUACAGCAAAGUGUGACUUCCAUGCAGUCUCAGCAAAGUCCUCUGCAAAUUGGUCACUCCUCUUUUGGUUGUACCCAGAAUUCCACAGAAGGUCAGCUUAACUUUGAGUCUCAGCAGAGUCCAAUGCGAGGUAGUUUCUUGUCUUGUAGCCAUGCAUAUUCUCUAGAACCUGCAGAGCCUCAGCUGCCACACAGUCCUGUUCAGGACUACAGACCAUGUAGUACCCACAUCAUCACACAGCCUCAGCACAGUCCCCCACAGAGACAGCAUAGUCCUACGCCACAUAGUCCUGCACGAGUCGGCACAUUGCAUUCAAAGAGUCCCACACAGGAUUCUAAACCUACACUGGACCAGGAGAGCCCUGGAUCAAGCAGCCCUGCACAGGACAUUUCAACACUGGACCAGGACCUCUCAGCAAGAAGAGACACCUCUCUGAGGCCUAUUUCGGCUCCAUGUAGCCCAUCACCGGCCCCACUUAGAGCCACACAGUGUAGUCUGUCACAGCCUGCGAGCCCGGUACAGGCCCACUUUGCACCACCUGUCAGGCCUUCAGAACUUAGCCUACUUCCUUCUCAGCUUGCUACACAAUCAGGAGUUGCAAAGGAAUGUACCCAAACCGGUAGCACAAAGCUGAAGUCCUCGGAGCUGACUCCUAACCUUGAUGGCCAAACACUGGAAAGUAGCCCUGCCCCUCUUAGCCCCACAGUGCCCGCUGAGAGCUGUGGCACCAAUGGCAGCCUGACGCUCAGCCUGGACCAUUCGAGCCCCAUUCCCGUCCCUGCCAUACCCACACCAGAAAGCCUUUUUCACGUUAGCGCUUCAGUGGAACACAGUAGCCUGACCCACUCAGCUCGUGCUGAUGAAACCGAGGCGAGCCACGUUCAUCACAGUCCUUCUUGUGACAGCCCAUCACACUCCACAGAAGCUGUUGAAGGUAACAGCAGCCCCACAUAUAUCCUAAAUAUCUCAGCUGGUUCAAGCCCGAAGCCUGAACAGGACAGUCAAGUGAUAUCUAGCCCUACGCCUCUGGCCUGUACGAGUCCCAUGCCAGAGGAGACUAGCCCCUCAGCAGUACAGGAUAGACCCAUUCAGUCCAUCCCAUGUCAAGAUGAGAUGGAAGUGGCGGUCGAGCCCCCCUGUCAUUUUAUUCAGUCAGAAACUAGUCCCAGUCAUCGUAGCUCCACUUCAGACAGUCCAGUUCAUGCUAGCCCAUUCAGCGCAGAAGCUGACAGUUAUGCUCAAGACAGAACUAGCCCCUCCGUUUGUAGUUUUUCAGAGUCCGUACAGACUCAGACAAGCCAAAGUCCCUCACAUGUCCAGACUACCUGCAGUCCUUCACAGGUGAGCCCCCUGCCACCUCCAACUAGCUUUAGUCCUCCACACUGUAGGCUGACUCAUACUAGCCCAGCUAGUAGCUCUGUUAGCCACACUCUGAGCCAUAGUGGCCAGACAAGUUCCCGCUCUGCUAGCCUAACUGAUGUUGGUGUCAUCUACAGUCCACCUAGGUCUAGUCCUGCAGGUCAAACUAGUCCUGUUCACACAGAAAGCACCUCCAGUAGUGUCCACUCAGGCCCAGUCCAAAGACAGACCCCCUCAUUAGCUAGCACAACAUACAGCAGCCCUGCACAUGCUACUGUGGCUUGUGUUAGCCCACCUCACAGUCCAGCUCAGGCCAGUGAAACAUAUCGUAGCCUCACAGGUAGCCCCCAUUCUAGCCCAGCUCCCGACACUGUAACCAGUCCCAGAACCGAGAGCUCUGUUCUUCCGAGCGUGGUCCAGCUUGGUUCUGGUCUUUGCGAACCGACAGACCGUAUUAGGCAGACAAGCCCGACACCUGCCACGUCAUCUGCUGUUAGCCCUGUCCGGGUCAGCCAGUGCCCAGCUAGUCCUCCUCACAGCCCCGACGGGUCUGCUGUUGAAAACCAACAAAGUGCUGCCUUGGGAAGCCCCUGGUGUCAAAGAGCAUCCAGCCCUAUUGAUGCUACAUCCACUCAGGCUAUCCCAGGUCAGGCUAGCCCUGUCCGUUCUAGUCCCACUCAGGAUAACACUGCGAUGCCUAGCACUAGUCCCCCACCCUCACAGGUCAGCCCUCCUCACACACAAGCUCUAGAUAGUCCUGUCCUUACCAGCUCCGAGUGGCCCGGGGCUAGUCCUAGUCCAGAUUCUGUUGGCCCUGUUCUUGCCAACCCUGAGCAGUCUGAAACCAGUCCUGGUGUUCAUGGCCCCGUGCAGCCUGAUGCUGGUCCUGGAAGUCCGCCACAGACCAUCACAGUGGACCUCUGCGAGGAGCAGCAGCAGGGAGAAGCUGAGGUGGAGGACCUUUAUCACACAACAGAAGAUGAGGAGCCUGUUGAGAGUGCAGGAAGAGAGGAGGAGGAGGAGCAGCAGCAGCAGGAGGAGCAGCAGCAGCAGAGCACCUCACUCUGUCAUCCUGCAGGUAGGGAGGUCGGUCCUCCCUCACCUGUGGUUCAGUCCAGCUCAGGUGAAGCGCUCACACCGACCUCUCUCUGUGCAGGAGUCCAGCUGGGAUCUGAUCAGUCUGCUCCUUCCUCCCCUGUCCUCCCACAAACUGCUCCCCCCUCCCCCCUAACCACCACAUCACACUCUGCCUUACCCCUCCAAAAGACUUGCAACUCCCCCUCAUCUUCACCUCCUGCUUCUCACGUCACCUCGCCACAGUCUGCAUCUCCUCCUCCUCUGAGAGCUGGCUCUCUGGAGGCCUCUCCGUCCUCCCCUCACAGGACUGCCUUACUCCCCUGCUCCUCCUCCUGCUCCCCCCACACCCCUCUAGAGGAGGAACUGACCAAUCAACAAGAGGCGGAGGCGGCAGAGGGAGCGGAGGCAGUGCUCGAGGAUGGAGCAUUUUCCUGUCAUGUGAUGUCAGCGGGUGACGACAGGCAACCACAGAGCCAGUUUGAACCUGUUGCUGUGGCAACAGAAGCCGCCAGAGAUGAGCACCAAUCACAUGCUGAGCCUUCGGAGUGGGAGGAGGAGGAGGAGCAGCAGGAGGAGGAGCAGGAGCCAACAGUGUCUGACGUGGCUGCUGCUGGUGAGGCGGUUGCCGGGCAACAGCAAAUGAGAGAGGAGCAGGAUGCAAAGGAGGAAGAGCAGGGAGAGGGAGUGAGAGGUAGGACGGAUGAAGAGGAGGUGGAGGAGGCGAGGGAGGGCACUGAGCAGGAGGAGCAAUCAGAUGUGGAGGAGGAGCCGGUGAGCCCUGUUUUGGAGCUGGACCCCUCUUUGGACAUGGAGGUGAUGGAGCUGAUGACCUCCUCUCCUCCCCCCUCCUUCCUACACCUCUCCUCCCCCAGCCCUCCUCCUUUCUCCCGCCGGGGAAAGGGUCGGAUUCUCAGGCCUCCACACUGCUCCUCCUCCAGGCCUUCAGACGACCUCUCCAUCCGACUCAGGCAGUCUCCUUUCUCCACUGAGGCCUCCCCCGAGACCUCCCCCACCAGACUUCCCAUCACCCCACCUCCUCUGUCUCCACCCUCACCUCCUCUGCGCUCCCCCCCCCCUGCCAGGGAGUCUCCACCUCUCUCCAAGGCUCUCCUCGUGCUCCCUCUCACUCCUAAGAUCGGGAUGGGUAAACCGGCGAUCUCUAAGAGGAAGUUCUCUCCGGGCAGAGCGCGGAUCAAACAGGGUUCGUGGUGGAGUAAUCGCAGGGCGGUGAGCCCCCCCUCAUCCUCCCAGGAUUCCAUGGGGGAGGGAGGGUGGGACAGCCCUAAGCCCCGUCCACCGGACUCCCCCCUCUGGAGCAUGAGAGUGGGUCGUGGUUCAGGGUUUCCAGGCAGAAGGAGGUCCAGGGGAGGAGGUGUUGGAGGAGGAAGAGGAGCAAGAGGAAGGAGCCGGCUGAAGACUCAGGACAGUCUGACUGUGUCACCUGGAUGUGUGUAUGUGGAGCCGUUCCAGCCGAAGGAAGAGGAGGAGAACUCGAUGCACAACACGGUGGUGAUGUUCUCCACCUCCGACCACUUCACCCUCAGACAGGACAUGUGUGUGGUGUGUGGUAGUUUUGGUCAGGGAGCUGAAGGUCGGCUGUUGGCCUGUUCUCAGUGUGGACAGUGUUACCACCCGUACUGUGUCAACGUCAAGAUUACCCGGGUCAUCCUGACCAAAGGGUGGCGCUGUCUGGAGUGUACGGUGUGUGAGGCGUGCGGCGAGGCCAGUGACCCCGGGCGACUGUUGCUAUGUGACGACUGUGACAUCAGCUACCACACCUACUGCCUGGACCCGCCCCUUCACACAGUACCUAAAGGAGCCUGGAAGUGCAAGUGGUGUGUGUGGUGUGUGCAGUGUGGCUCCGCCUCCCCUGGGCUGCACUGUGAUUGGCAGAGUAACUACAGUCUGUGUGGACCAUGUGGCAGUCUGAGCCGCUGUCCUCUGUGUCAGAGACAGUACACACAGGACGACCUCAUCCUGCAGUGUCAGCGGUGUGACAGGUGGGUCCACGCUGUGUGUCAGGGUCUGAGCACUGAAGAUGAGGUGGAAGUUGCUGCUGAUGAAGGCUUCGACUGCUCGCUGUGUCGGACACACGGACGUGGCUCCUUUGGGAGGUCGGACAGCUUUGAGUCUCCUUACAUGGCUCAGAUCAUCUCCAGGAUCAGAGAGCCUGCAGACACAAAGACGUACACUCAGGACGGAGUGUGUCUCACAGAGUCGGGUCUCUCUCACCUGCAGUCUCUGGUUGAGCCUCUAACGUCACCGCGCAGGUACCGCAGGUGUAAACCCAAACUGAAGCUGAGGAUCAUCAACCAGAACAGUGUGUCAGUCCUGCAGACUCCAGAUCCCGACCCGCUCACCGAGCAGGACCAUAGCCGAGGUGACUUGGAGUGUGAGAUGAAAUCUGACUCCAGCCCCGAGCGAGACCACGCCCACGGUGAUGAUGUCACCAAGGGGCCUGAAGUUACGGAUGGCAACAAGAAGAGGAAGAGGAAACCCUACAGACCCGGUAUCGGGGGCUUCAUGGUGCGUCAGCGUGGAGGUCGGUCCGGUCCGAGCAGAAUCAAACUGUGCCGUAAAGAUUCAGCAGAGGCGCUGCUGAGUCGAGACGAAGAAGUUUCCAUGGAGACGGUUCCCCCUGCCGACCAGGCGAUGGAGAAGGUGAAGAAGAGGUACAGGAAGAAGAAGACGAAACUGGAGGAGGCUUUCCCGUCUUAUCUGCAGGAGGCAUUCUUUGGGCGGGAUCUUCUGGACUGCAGCCGACAGGUAGACAGGAGGGUGGGACCAGAGACAUCAGGUGGCAGCCAAUCAGGAGCAGUGACAGAUGGCACGAAAGGAGCGGUCCCUGGAUUACACGGCCCCACCUCCUCUGGGCUACAGGUCGGCGCCAUGGCAACCAACGUCAUCAAGAAGCCGGGAACGCUGCCCAUGUCGGAGGAAGCUCUGUUGGAUCUGUCUGAUGUUCUCAACACUGAUCCUCACAUACUGGCUACAGGACACACAGGUACGUUCCAGGUGGAGCGCUCCCCCUCUCCAUUCGCUGGUCUUGACAUCAUGGCCGAUGACCCGUCUUUGACAGGAAGUGGGCGUGGCCAGAGGGUGGUGCAGGAGGAGCCUCUGGACGCCAUCUUGAGUCCUGAGCUGGACAAGAUGGUGACUGACGGUGCCAUCCUCAGCAAACUCUACAAGAUCCCAGAGCUGGAGGGGAAGGACGUUGAGGAGGUGUUCACUGCUGUCCUCAGUCCAAACAGCAACCAACCAGAGCAGAGCCAGCACACACACACUGUUGCUGGGAGCAAGACCAGCACACAGCACGCAGCAGCUUCUGUGUUUCCUCGCCUCCCGCUGGUGAACGGCAUGAUGGGAGCUGCUCCUCACUUUCCUAACACUCCCAUGAUGCCCGGCGGUGCCCAGGGUACGACGGGCUUCAGGUUGCCCCCGCCCGGCGGUGCCGCUCCCGUUCCUCUGCCGUGCCUCGCCCCCGGGCCAGCCUCGGCCAAUCAGGGGCCGGCAGGAGGAGAGGGGGGCGAUCAGGAUGUGAUGUCGACGGCUCAGAGGAGCAUGUUGAAGUGGGAGAAGGAGGAGACGCUGGGAGAGAUGGCCACCGUCGCUCCCGUCCUCUACUGCAACACCAACUUCCCCCAGCUGAAGGAGCAGUAUCCAGACUGGUCCACCAGAGUGAAGCAGAUCGCCAAGCUGUGGAGGAAGGCCAGCUCUCAGGACCGAGCGCCCUUCGUGCAAAAAGCUCGAGAUAACCGGGCGGCUCAGCGCAUCAACAAGGUGCAGCUGUCCAACGACCCACUUAAACGCCACCAACCGCUGGCACUGCAGCAGCAGCAGCACCCGCUGCCGCCACCGCCACCAGGAGGGCCUUAUGACCCUGUUUCCAUGGAUACGGAGGGGGCGUUCAAAGACCCGCUGAGACCCAAAGAGUCCGAACAGGAGCAGGAGUGGAAGUUGAGACAGGGAGAGGUAAAUGACAGAUGGGGAGCCGGUAAGAAGAGGCAGGAAAAUCUCCCCCAAAGCAAAGUCCUAAAAUCACCAACAGAUAAAGAUUGUCCCUACCAGGCAUCUGUAGCAGGAGGUGGCAAAGAGGCUCUGCAGCUGCGUCAGAAGUGUAAGCAGCAGGCGAAGAUGGAGGCGGUUCAGAAGUUGGAGCAGGUGAAGAGUGAGCAGCUCCUCCAUCAGCGGCAGCAGCUGUUGGGGAGUCAGCGCGUCUCCCCAGAGAUGGGAGGCAGCACCUCCCCGCUGCAUCCAGCGGCAUCCAGGGAGGGUCAGUGCAGACAGCACCUCCUCCUGCAGGGAGGCCAGACUUCCGGACCGGCUGACGAUGUCUUCCUCAGACCACAGGCGCCUCCUCCCUCCGGCUUCUCCUCCCUCCCUCACUCCCCUCAUUCCUCCUCCCCUCUCCACCAGCCCCCGUCCUCACCCCAGAUGUUCUCCCCACCCUCCUCCCGCCCCUCUUCACCUUGGGACCCCUACAGUAAGGUCGCAGGAACUCCUCGCCCUACCUCCUCUCAGGCUGGAGGUCUCCCAGCUCCCCAGCAGCAACGUCGCAACUCCCUCAGCGCCUCCCCAGCCCACGAUGCCUUCAGCUCCCCCACACCGUCCCCUGACUCCUGCAAGACCUCCGACGUCUCCAGGGCCCUCCUGCCCCAACCAGGACUGCAGCAGAGCAGAGGAGGUAUGAUGAGCCCCUCCUCGGGGCUCCACGUUGGGAUGCGAGCGGCGGACUACCAGAGGUCUUCCGGCGGCACUAACAUCCGCGUGGGGGCGUCGGAGCUGUACGGCCGGCACGGCGAGCUGCUCCAGGGCGGGCUGUUCAAGGCCCCCAUGCCCCCCCAGCACCAGGCUCAGCCGGAGGUGUUCGGCAGCACAGGAGGAGCAGCAACAGGAGGAGCAGGAAGGAGGGACCCGUCCAGACCUGCAGACCUGGGCUUUGACCCGUCCUUCCCGUCCAGUCCGCUGUCGGGCUUGGGCUCACCUCACCGCAGCCCGUACGCUCAGACGCCGGGCACGCCCAGACCGGACUACGUGCAGCAGCUGACCGACCCGUUCACGCAGCAGUCGCCUUUAACCUCGCGGCCUUCGCCUGACCCAUACGCCAACCCUCAGACUCCCGGUACACCGCGGCCACACUCUGACCCCUCGUAUCUCAGCACGCCGCCGCCGCACAGGCUGGAGCAGUACACCCAGCAGCAGUCUGCCAGCCGCCGGCCUUCCCCCUCCCACACCAACAUCGACCCUUACUCCUCCAACCCCGGUACACCCCGGCCCUCCGUCACUGAACGCUUCCCCCGAUCACCGGGGAGUCAGCGGAGCGCCGACGGCUACCCCCAGCCCAGCGGUACGCCGCGACCCUCGCCAGAUCCCUACGCCCCACAACCGUCCACGCCACGGCCCCAGAAGGCCCCGGAGCCCUUCAGCCAGAGCCAAGUGGACAGCUUCACACCUCAGGCUGCAGGAUCCGGAUCGUCCCCUUUGGCUCCUGGCCUGUCCGGAGAGACGUUCACCCCGACACACCACCAGUCUCCAGGACGACAGCAACAGCAGGACUCGUUCCCCAGAACCCCCAGCAGCCAGACCCCAAAGCACCCUGGGAUACUGGAGGAGAGCAGCUUCCCUGGCCUGGCAGGUCAGGACCUCUUCGAGCAGAGUCACAUGACACCGGGCUCCUCGCAAACGGACAAGACAACAACCAAUGAGAUGGCAGCGCUGGCCGCGGCUUCUUUAGAUGGACCAAUGAGCAUGCUGCCUCAGCUCGGCGACUCAGAGGAGAAGCUCAGACAGCGUCAGCGGCUCCGGCAGCUCAUCCUGAGGCAGCAGCAGCAGAAGAGCGCCUUACGGCAGGAGAAGGGUCUGCAGGAGGCAGCUUCUGACGCUCCACCCGGACCCGCCCCUGGUUCUGCCACAUCACGACACUGGGCCCAGGAGGAGUCUUCCACUGCUCCUCCAACAGACCUGUUUGGACGCCCACCACCUCCUUACCCUGGCACAGGGAGGCCCAGCGGGGAGCCGGGGGCUCCAGCGCCGAGGUUCCCUGCAGGUUUCCGAGGGGAGCAACAGAGAGUCUUCACCCCAAGCGAGGCUCCCUUCCCCAGGCAGAGCCUGCCGAGAGAGCUGGGGGUCCGAGGACCGGUUCUGAGGUUCAGUGCUCCUCCAGGAGCUCCAGCAGGUCUCCAGGACUCCUCCUUGCGUCCUCCCCAGGGUUCGGUGCCUGUGUCUGGGCUGAGUGUGGAGAUGAGGAGGUCGCUGCCUGGAGAGUUCACUGGUAUCCGCCCCCUCUCUGCUCCCAGCGCUCACCUGAUGUCAGGUGUCCCCCAGCCCUUCAUCCCACGCUCCCUCCCCCUCCAGCAGCACAGCAUCAUGGGUCAGCCGUACAUCGAGCUCCGACACCGCGCCCCUGAGAACCGCCUGAGGCUGCCCUUCCCUCUCCCCGCCGGCCCGGACCCCGACCCGUCUCUGGUCCGGUCUGGUCCUGGGGUCAGGAUGGGGGAGGCUCCGCUGAUGGAGCACCUCGGACAGACAGCAGCACUGACGCAGAGCAGCGAGCCGGCGCUCCCGGGGGCUGAUGGGAUGGAGGAGCACCUGGAGGACUCAGCCGUGAAGGAUCUGGAGGACGUGGAGGUGAAAGAUCUGGUGGACCUGAACCUGAACCUGGACCCUGAAGACGGUAAGGAGGACCUGGAUCUGGGUCCUAAUGACCUCCACCUUGAUGACUUCUUGCUGUCGGGGAAGUUUGACCUGAUCGCGUACGCCGACCCCGAGCUCAACCUGGAGGACAAGAAGGACAUGUUCAACGAGGAGCUAGACCUGGGGGAGUCGGUGGAGGAGAAGGAGGGAGGAGAGAGGAGGGACGGAGCCGGCGGGCCCAAGAAGACGGAUAGCCACGCCUACCUGAUAGGACAGAUGAAACAGGAAGUGCACGACGGCGCCAACACAGAAGCCCGGGACGGCGCCUCUGUAACCCAGCACCCCGCACCUCAGCCUGGGCUCGGCAACGCCGGCAGACCCCCCAGACCUCCAGGAGCCGAGGCAGCAAGCUCCGACCACACCGCCGCCUCCACCCUGCUCAGCAAGAAGGUAGAGGACUCUGGCUUUGGUUCAGGGUCACUGUCAGCUCUCCAGCCCCAGGAACAGGCUCCAUCAGCAGGCAUGGCUCCCAGAGUUCACCCCCCCAUGGCUGGAGGUCCACAGCCAGUCUUCCAGCAAAAACCGUUUGGACUGUCCUCGUCCUCCUCGGCUCUCUUCACCUCCCACCCUCAGGGCCUCCUCGGGCCUCCUCACCCUACUCUGACUCCUCAGGGCCCCUCUGCCCCAUCUCACCCACUGUCUCUCCAACCCUCCCAGCCUCACCUCCUCCUCCAGAAUCAGCCUCCACACCCGGGGACCUCCACCCAGAUCCAAAACCAAGCUGUCUUCCCCCAGAAACCAAACCAGGACCAGGAACUGGACCUGGACCAGGACCAGCACAGGCCCCUGCUUCUGGAGGAACAGCCGCUCCUCCUGCAGGACCUCCUGGACCAGGAGCGCCAGGAGCAGCAGCAGCAGAAACAGAUGCAGGCCCUGAUCAGACAGAGGUCCACCACAGAGGCUGUGAUACCAAACAUGGCAGACUUUGACUCCAUCUCUGACCCCAUCAUGAAGGCCAAGAUGGUGGCUCUGAAGGGCAUCAACAAGGUCAUGACCCAGGGCAGCCUGGGACUCAACCCCAUGGUCAUCAACAGGUUCCAGCAGGCCCCGGUGGUCCCGGUGGCAGCACAGAGGGCCCCUGUGGUUCCUCUGGGUUCAGAGGGGACUCCUCAGCCUCCACACCUGGUGGCACAGGACGGAAAGUUGAACCCUCCGCUGGUGCGCCCGACCCCCCCCAGCUUCGGCCCGGGCUUCGUCAACGAGUCUCAGCGGCGUCAGUACGAGGAGUGGUUGGGGGAGACGCAGCGGCUCCUGCAGAUGCAGCAGCGCCUCCUGGAGGAGCAGAUCGCCGCUCACCGCAAGUCCAAGAAAUCUCUGUCGGCCAAACAGAGAACGGCCAAGAAGGCCGGCCGACCCUUCGCCGAUGAGGACGCUGCCCAGCUCCGCCACAUCACGGAGCAGCAGGGCACGGUCCAGAAACAGCUGGAGCAGAUCCGGAAGCAGCAGAAGGACCACGCGGAGCUGAUUGAGGACUACAGGACCAAACAGCAGCAGCAGAGGGCGCUGCAGCAGCAGCCGGCUGCUCCUCCCAUGAUGCCUGCAGGAGCUCCUCCUCAGCCCGUUGUGACCAUGCAGCCCCACCCGGGCGGUCCCACCCCAGCCCGCGUCCCAAACAUACCCCCUGGUUGGACCCCAGGUGGAGGGGCCCCAGGGGUGAUAAGGCAGAGGAUGCCUCUUCAUCUGCCUCCUCAGAUGCCCCCCGCCCCGCCCCAGCCUCGCCCGCACACCCAGACCCCUCCGGCCAUGGUGCCCGGCCUCGCUGCACAGACAGCGGCCUUUACUGCAGGUCCCAGGGGGCCCGCUGGUGGCCCCAGGGGGCCCGCUGGUGGCCCCAAUGGAGCCGCAGGAGACGGAGCUGCACCCCCUCGACAGGUGAACUUUGAUGACAACAACCCGUUCAGUGAAGGUUUCCAGGAGAGAGAGAGGAGGGAGAGGCUGAGGGAGCAGCAGGAGAGGCAGAGAGUCCAACUCAUGCAGGAGGUGGAGCGUCAUCGCGCUCUGCAGCAGAGGCUGGAGCUGGAGCAGCAGGGCCUUCUGGGGGCCUCCGUGGGUCCUGGAACCGGAGUAGCAGCCAUGCCCGUAUCUGGAGCUGUAUCUGGGGCUCGAGUCGGACCUGGAGGUCCCGCUGGAUCGGCGCCUGCCACCGGAGGGGACAGCCUCUCCCAGAUGCCUUUCUUCAGCUCUGAGCUGCCCCAGGACUUCCUCCAGUCCCCUCCGUCUUCCAGACCUCCUCCACAGCACCAGGGCCAGGCGGGGGCUCCGUUCCCCCAACAGGCAGGCCUCCAUCAGGGCUUCACGGGAGGACCCCUGCACCCUGGAGCUCACCCGGCUGCAGCAGAGCGGCCUCCUGUGGAUUUGGCUCUUUCCAACCUCCAAACCAGGCCACGGUUCUCCGGCCCCGUCGGGCCCACCAGGCCCGCAGCCCAGGGACAGGUACGAGCUGUCGGGAUAGGAGCAGCAGGAGUGACCCUCUCCCAUCCUGGAGGUCAAGCUCAUCAGUUUGGUCACGACUCCUCCUCUUCCUCCCCCUCUAACCCCUUCCCCCCCUCCUUCCCCUGCGCCUCCUCUGGAGGCCCCGCCUCCCUCAUCCAGCUGUACUCUGACAUCAUCCCCGACGACAAACCAAAGAAGAAGAGGAGCAAGAAGAGGGACGGCGACGACGCCGCAGGCGGAGGAGGAGCCAGGACGCCGCUGUCCUCACACUCUGACGACAUCACAGCCCCGCCCACUCCGGCUGUCUCUGACACUUCCUGCUCCACGCCAACUCGGAGCAGCACGGACCAAUCAGAUCUGUGCUUCUCUCUAAGCUCCUCCCUCUGUGGUCUGGCUCCGUCGUCAGAGUUGGAGAGGCAGCUGUCAGUCAUCUCUGCAGCCCAGCAGAGAGGCUCCGUCUUGGGCAUGGAGUCUGUGAGAGGUCCCCUGUGUGCAGCUGGUCUGGAGGUCAAGGAGGAGCGCGAGGAGGGAGGAGCAUGUGGGGGAGGUGUGGUGAAGACGGAGGAGGGCGGGGGUGAGGGAUUCUCCUCCCCCUCUCCUCUCCACGGAGGAAAAGAUGGAGAUGGAGGGAAGGAGCUGCUCAGACACCUGCUGAAGGAGAAGACCUCCCCGCCCACCACACCCUCACCCACCCGCCAGACCCCGCCCACUGCCCGCAGACAGCUGUCCAAUGAGAGCGUCCGGUCCGAGGAAGAGGACAGACCUGGUUCCCAUGGCAACAUGGUAAGCAGUCCAGACCUGCUGGACUCGUCCGGCAGGAAGAAGACAACGCAGCGCUGUAAGAGACUCGCUCGGCCGGACAAAGACAGAGCUCCACCCAAAAACAAGAGGAGGAAGAAGGAGGAGGAGGAGAAGACGCUCCACUCCUCCUCUGACCCGCUGAUGACUCACCUCACACAGCUGUCAGUGCUGCCCCUCAUGGAGCCCGUUCUGGGGGUGGAUCUGAGUCUGUUCCCCCCAUACGGCAGCUCCUCUCUGGGCAGAGACUCCAGACUGACCGGCUCCUUUGGCAACGCCUGCCUAGAUGGAGUCACUGACUACUACUCCCAGCUCAUAUACAAGCAGAAUAACCUAAGUAACCCGCCCACACCUCCGGCCUCCCUACCUCCCACCCCCCCACCUGUUGCCAGGCAGAAACUGGUGAAUGGCUUCGCCACAACAGAGGAGCUGUCGAGGAAAGACAUCACCGAGCAGGACGUUAAAGGUGUGAAAGCAGAAGGGGGGGGGGGCUUAUGGCUCUAAACCACGCCUCCAAGACUGUAGAUGUCCCCGCCUCUCUGCCGACCCCGCCCCACAACAACCAGGAAGAGCUCAGGGUCCAGGAGUCGUCGAGCGUGAACAGUCCCUGAUGGUUUUGUCCCGGUCGUCCUCCGGAG